GGGGGGUGGGAGUGGGGAGACGAUAAUAACUCAAGUUAAAAAUGAGUCAGAUUUUAAAACGGCGAGAUUUGUAUUUGGGGGCUGAAUGAAUCAUUUCCAAAAGCAAUGAAAGGGGAACUAGAGACAUUUUGGGCAUUUAAUCCAAACUAUGUAAAUGGGUUAGAGAUUGCCUUGUUCUCUCUCCUCUCUCAGUCCGAUUUCCUGGUCCCCUUUUUCGUUUGACAAGAAGUUCAAGUCUCUGGGAGCAAUCGUCACCUCCACUUGUGGGCCACUGAGGCACACGUGGGUAGCUUCACGCGCGCGGGUCUUUAAGCCGACACCUGGGCUGGCACCUGGCGGCACUUCCACACCUGCCUGCGGUUCCCUGCGUGCCGGGCGUCCGCUCCGACGCGGCUUCCCAUUCAUGCUUCUGACAACCGUGUGGCCGCCCGCCGCCCAGAGCGACGCGGCCGGCGCGCGAGCUCCUCCACCCGGGGCCCUGAGCCCCGGAGGGGGGCCCGGCGACGACACGCGUCGGUGCACCGAGGUCGGCCGGCUGCUCCGUAGGUGGCAGGCUGCGUUUCUGACUUCUCCCUGGCUGCUCUCCGGGGGCUUGACGAGCAAACUUCGCCGGAGCGAGCAGAGAGGGAGGGACCGGCGAGGGGGAGGAGGCGGCGGGAGGCGCCUCCGCUUAAGGGAGCCGGCCGGGCGCCGCCGCUGGGACGGACGCGCGGACGGAAGGAAGGAGCGGGGCCGCCAGGCCCGGCCUGGGGAUGCGAGCGGCCGCAGGGAGCGGAAAGAAUGUCGGAGCGGGCCGCGGAUGACGUCAGGGGGGAGCCGCGCCGCGCGGCGGCGGCGGCGGGCGGAGCAGCGGCCGCCCGGCAGCAGCAGCAGCAGCAGCAGCCUCCGCAGCCCCAGCGGCUGCCGCCGCCGCCGCGGCGCCUACGGCCGGAGGACGGCGGCCCGGGCACCGCCUCCACCUCGGCCGCCGCAAUGGCGACGGCAGGGGAGCGCAGGCCCCUGCCUAGUCCCGAAACGAUGCUGGGACAGUCGUGGAAUCUAUGGGUCGAGGCUUCCAAACUUCCUGGGAAGGACGGGACGGAAUUGGACGAAAGUUUCAAGGAGUUUGGGAAAAACCGCGAAGUCAUGGGGCUCUGUCGGGAAGACAUGCCAAUAUUUGGUCUUUGUCCAGCCCAUGAUGAUUUCUACUUGGUGGUGUGUAACGACUGUAAUCAGGUUGUCAAACCACAAGCAUUUCAGUCACAUUAUGAAAGAAGACAUAGCUCAUCCAGCAAGCCGCCUUUGGCCGUCCCUCCCACUUCAGUAUUUUCUUUCUUCAAUUCUCUGCCCAAAAGCAAAGGAGGCAGUGCAGGUGGAAGCAGCAGGUCUUCCAGUGGAGGAGUUCUCAGUGCGCCCUCAUCAAGUUCAAAGUUGUUGAAAUCACCCAAAGAGAAACUGCCACUCAGGGGGAGCACCAGGCCCAUGCAUCCCAUUCAGCAGAGUAGAGUACCCCCUGCUAGAGUCAUGACACCUUCUGUAAAGGUAGAAAAGAUACAUCCGAAGAUGGAUGGCACACUACUGAAAUCUGCGGUGGGGCCAACCUGUCCUGCUACUGUGAGUUCCUCAGUCAAGCCUGGCCUUAACUGCCCCUCAAUACCAAAGCCAAACUUGCCUUCACCUGGACAGAUUCUGAAUGGCAAAGGACUUCCUGCACCGCCAACUCUGGAAAAGAAAUCUGAAGACAAUUCUAAUAAUAGGAAGUUUUUAAAUAAAAGAUUAUCAGAAAGAGAGUUUGAUCCUGACAUCCACUGUGGGGUCAUUGACCUUGACACCAAGAAGCCCUGCACCCGGUCUUUGACGUGCAAGACACAUUCCUUAACCCAGCGGAGGGCUGUUCAGGGUAGAAGAAAACGAUUUGAUGUGUUAUUAGCCGAGCACAAAAACAAAACCAGGGAAAAGGAAUCCAUUCGCCAUCUGGACUCCCAGCAACCAUCACAGCCUCUCAGGGACCCGCAUCCCGCCCCUCCUAAAACGUCGCUGGAGCCGCACCAAAAUUCUCAUGGAGUGAUUCCUUCUGAAUCAAAGCCUUUUGUAGCUAGUAAACCUAAACCUCACACCCCCAGUCUUCCAAGGCCUCCAGGCUGCCCUGCUCAGCAAGGUGGGAGUGCCCCCAUUGACCCUCCUCCAGCCCAUGAAUCUCCACACCCUCCCCUGCCUGCCACUGAGCCAACUUCUCGGUUAUCCAGUGAGGAGGGCGAAGGCGAUGACAAAGAAGAGUCUAUUGAAAAACUGGACUGUCAUUAUUCAGGUCAUCAUCCUCAGCCAGCAUCUUUUUGCACAUUUGGGAGCCGGCAGAUUGGAAGAGGCUAUUACGUGUUUGACUCCAGGUGGAACCGGCUUCGCUGUGCUCUCAACCUCAUGGUGGAGAAGCAUCUGAAUGCACAGCUAUGGAAGAAAAUCCCCCCAGUGCCCAGUACUACGUCACCCAUCUGUGCACGCAUUCCUCACCGGACAAACUCUGUGCCGACAUCACAAGGUGGGAUCAGCAGUCUUUCAGCAGCCUCCGUCUCUACAUCCCCAGUUCUGCUCUCAUCCACCUACAUCUCUCCAAAUAGCAAAUUGGUACCAGCUCAUGGAACCACACUAAAUGCACAGCCUGCCAUUUCUGGGGCAAUGGAUCCUGUGUGCAGUAUGCAAUCCAAACAAGUGUCCUCUUCAUCCUCUUCCCCCUCCACACCCUCUGGCCUCUCCUCAGUCCCCUCCUCCCCUAUGGCCAGGAAACCUCAGAAAUUGAAGUCCAGCAAGUCUUUAAGGCCCAAGGAGUCUUCUGGUAACAGCACUAACUGUCACAACGCCAGCAGCAGUACCAGUGGCGGCUCAGGAAAGAAACGCAAAACCAGUUCCCCACUAUCAGUUCACUCUUCCUCCUCUUCCUCCUCUUCCUCUUCUUCUCAUUCCAUGGAGUCUUUUAGGAAAAACUGUGUGACUCAUACCGGGCCUCCCUACCCAUCAAUGGUGGCAUCUUCCCAUAGCAUUGGCCUCAACUGUGUGACAAAUAAAACGCACUCUGUGAGCUUCCGGCAUGAACCGUCAGGGAGGGGCCCCCCAGGUGGGAGCCCCGCAGAGUCCAUCAAGAGGAUGAGUGUGGUGGUGAACAGCAGUGACUCCACUCUUUCUCUUGGCCCAUUCAUUCACCAGUCUAACGAACUGCCUAUCAACUCCCAUGGCAAUUUUUCACACUCACACACUCCUCUAGAGAAACUCAUAGGAAAGAAAAGAAAGUGCUCUCCUGGCUCCAGCAGCAUCAACAACAGCAGCAGCAAACCCACAAAGGUUGCCAAAUUGCCAGCCACGAACAACGUCCACAUGAAACACACAGGCACCAUCCCCGGAGCACAAGGACUGACGAACAGUUCCCUCCUUCAUCAGCCAAAGGCACGUCCCUGACAGCUGAAAACAGCACGGGGAGAAAUAAUCCGGACACUUUUGAGGACAAGUUACACCUCCGCUCAGCACUCUGGACUCCACGAUGCCUUUGAGUCUCUUUUCACAACCUCCUUGGGCCUCCAGGGUAAUCGCUGGGCUGUUGUUUUGAGGAUUUCCCCGAAGCUAUGUCUGUAGCAGUGAGUACUCAUAAAGGACACUGGAUCAAGUUCAGCCACCAGAUUGCUUUUAUCAGUGUUAAAGUGGUCUGGACUGCUUGCUACCAAUCUGUGAGAAGUUUUUGUUCUUGUUUAUUUUUUUUAACUUGUUAUAUCAUGGAACUACUCUUAAGUAGACUGGCCAGGCAAAAGAUUGUUUGACAAGAGCGUUAAUGUCAACUUUUCUCUCUCCUCCAUCUCCUUGCCAGUUUCUUUUCUCAUUCUCUCUCCCUUCCUCCUCCCACUCUCCCCCAUUUCCUUUUUUCACACUGUCUUCUGUAGGUCAUUCUCCAGCACCUUAACUGGAGACCUUCCAGAGGAAAGGGAGCUGCAUCCUAAGCAGCUUUCUAAAGGCUUUUAUAGCAGUGUUCCAGAAGUAGAAUGUGGGUAUUGACUCAAGGUCACAUGACAAGAUAGGCCAGCCUUUUGCAAAUAAUUUGAGAUAAGACACUAUCAAAAGCUUCCAACUUACUGGUUUGUAGCCAUUGAUGCUGGGUUAGCGGGUAUCAGCCAUAUUGGAGGCUUACUUUUCAUGGUACAAAACCAAUCCCAUGUAAAAGAAAAAAGCAAAAAUAAUUUAAACUACUUUUGAUGAUGGAAAGCCAAAAUGAGGCAGGUGGAUGGGGGUGGGGGUUAAAAUCACAAUGAAGGGGGGAAAAAAUUUUCCAAGAUUUCCAAAGAAGUGGAAUUGUCUUACCAUUUAUUUUCAUGUAAAACAGUAUAUCAGAUUGGGUUGAUUGUCCUGCCCAAUUUUAUUUUUUAAGAUUUGUCUUUUUAAAAUAAAACUGCUAGGAUACUUAAAUAUUUCUAAGGUAUUACCCCUAUUUUCCUCUCUGGAUACUGUCCUAGGACUUAGUGUAAGUAUCUGCUUCCUGUGCUCUGGGCAGUAUGUGUGCCCCCACUUCCCUUCUGGCUACUGCAGAUAUGCAUUUAGAUGCAGGUGGAGUGGGAAGCAGACCUUAAUGGGAGAAGCUGGAGUGUAGGUACACGUUUGUGUGGAGGCUUUGUGUGAGGCUUACAGAGUGUUUCCCAACACACUCCCUCUUGUGUUUAAGAGAGUUUUAGAGCCUCUAAGAUAGUGAUUGCAGUGCUUCACCCCAAAUGAAAAUGUAAUAAGUUAAAGCAGCAUUUUUGAGAAGGUAUGAUUGAAUUUGGGGAAUGAUCUGGGGCCUCUUAAUGGACCAUCCCACCACUCCUGCUCCUGAACCAAGGAUCAGGCCUCUGGAUUAGGAGAGUGUUCACACAGAGUAGCCUAGCCCAAUGCAGGGUAAAUCCCACCAUUCUGAUCAGUGCAUUGGGUAGGGCCUACUCAGAGCCAGUCAGUGUGUCCUUUUAUCCCCAUAGUUCUUGGUUACAAACUUCAGUUUCAGGGAAUUUCAAGUCAAAACCUGUAGAAUGAAUAAAUAUUUGGUUACCAGCCUAAUAAAUGUGAAUUGCUACAGAAUUAUUCUUAUUAUGUAAUAAAACAAAGACUUUAUGCAGAUACUUUAACUAUAAAUUGAUGUAAAAUACUGAUUUUUUAAGGAAGGAGGGGAGAACAAUAUCUUGUUCAAUUUUAUGCAAUCAAUCAGUAAAUGUGUUUUUAAAUGAUACUAUAGGAGAGCUAGUAAGGAGAGAGUGUGGAUGGGCCAGUUAGGUAUAGGCAAAGGAAAUCGGUCUGGGUGUUCCAUCCCACUUAUGGGGGAGAAGAGAUAAGAGGGAAUCAGGAUGUAUCUAGUUGAUUCCUUGGUACAAGUGCAAUGGGGUAUGGGUAGAAUUUAUUUUCAGAGCCAAGGGGACUUUGAUGGUUAUAAAUUAAGUUGCUUUUAGUGAUGGAAUGAAUAGACAGAUCAAGUUUUCUGAUCCACAAUAGCAAGUUGAUUCAGAUUAAUGUAGAUAUUUAGAUUAGUGAGUGUUCAUUGAUUUUUUGUUUUUUAGACUGAAGUUUUAAGUGAAUUUCAUUAUGUCUCCUGGUAAUACAUAGAGCGUUGGGAUUAGGAAAUUAGCCAUUUUGGAUUUUGCCUGCCACAAACAGACCUAUUCCAAACAGUGCUAUUAAACUUUAGACUGUUCAAAUGUUUUAUUUUCUCCAACAACUACUUUUUAUUAUGAUGAACAAUUAAGACCAUUUAAAACACAGGAGUAAAAGUAUUUUUUUGAAUUGAAUUAACUUGCAAAAACCAAAUUUGCAGUGGUUGGGUUGUUUCUUAGACAGACUUUGGUAUCAAUUUAAAACCAAGAUAAUUUUUAUAUUCCUUCCAGUAGAAUUUCAUGACAACUUCUGCAGUUUUCUUAACGUACAAAAAAAGUGCUGCAAUGAUGAACAAAGAAUUAUACGAAACCUACUUUUGUACCUUUAUUUUGGGAUUUCUUGUUCUAUUAUAAAUAUGGAAGUAGCCCUAUUUCAGAAGACAUAUUUUGUUAAAAAUGAAUUGUACAUAUUUAAAUAUGUAUUUUUGCACAGGUCUUUUUUUCUGAUAUCCUGUUUUGGUACAAUUGAGAUCAUCUAGUAUUUAUUUAUUAAUUAAUAAAAGUAAAUACCUUUUUAUAAUUUGAAGUGGUUCACUGCCAAGCCAAUAGUUGUAGAACCUGCCUCCUUUACAGUGGAAGGAUUGCCUCUGUUCUGUGAAAGUCUUUGUUCCUUUUAGUGUCUCAAGAGUGGAUUCACACAGACGAAGUGGGCAUUGCUUCUCCUCGGUUGCCUGAUUUCCCAGUAGACCACAUGUGACUAAGUGACACACUGCUUUUCUCUCAUUAGUGUUUUAUGUGCGAGUGUGUGUGUGUAUGUGUGGGUGCGUGCCUGUGUGUGUGUACACUCUGAGCACACUUUUGUUAUGUAUGUGAUGUGGUUUAAAACUAAUGGAAAAACUGAAAGUGCCUGAACCUAACUUUAAAGCUUAGACAGAUUCUCUUUAAAAAAGACUUGAAUGUUCAGUUGAACUUUUGGAGUUUGCUUUUUCCACCUACUUAUUGUUUUGUAAAAUCUUAGGGGAGGAGUUAAAAACAACCAAUGCUGGUAAAUUUUAUAAGGUAUUUUACAUUUAAGACCUUUGGGUUCACAGUAAUUUCACUGGUGAUGGAUUUGCCAGUGGCACCAAGAGUUAAAAUCUGUCAGCCAGCAAUGUACAUGCCAUGUCCGUUUUGUCACUCACUCAUGAAAUAAGAGAGUUUAAAGUAGAAUAUUUAAAGUAUUUUGUAUUACAAAAAUAUAAUACAAAGAAGUACCUCUGAGAACAUUGAAAAAAAAUGUAUAAUUUGAGAAACCUAACUUAAAAUGGCAGCUGCCUUCCUGCAAGAGUUCUGUUGCCAAGGAGUUUCUUCAUGUCUCUCAUUCUGUCCUGGGUUGGGGGAAAGUUGGGCUUUGAAAAAUGAUUGCUCAAAGUUUCAUGGUUUAAAAGAAAAUAAUCAUUUUUACACUUUGUGCAAAAAUUUUACAUUUCCAGAUGAUUUUAAGUGAGCACUACAUACUGUCAGUGUGAAUGUAGGGCCUUGAAAGCAGUUUUUUUUAACUUGGUUAUAAAAGCAAUCUCCUGUGUUAAAAUGUGUGAAUAGUCGGACAAUGUGUACCCAUAAUCAAGAGCAUCUCAGCUGGACUUUGUGUUGGCUGCUGUAUAGAACAUGAACAAAUGUCAAGGGAUAGAAAAUUACUUUGGAUAUUUAAAAGAGAAGAAAUAUAUAGUCUAUUUGUUUUGUAACAAGUUUCUGUAAAUAAAAUAAUUUAUACUAUUUAUAAGAAAAAAGUUGUGUUCUGCUUUAUGAGAAAUUAGUUUGUGGAACAAAUAUGUUACUAAACAGGCAAUAAAAUUAGGACUUCUCAAUAAAUAAGGUUGGCUGCAUGAACUAUU